AAAUAGUGAUACGGCUGUGUUGUUGAAGGCUUUCAUGGCCGGAAUCACUGGAUUGCUGUGAAUUUUCUGGGUUGUAUAGCCAUGUUCCAGAAGCAUUUUCUCCUGAUGUUUUGCCUGCAUAUAUGGCAGGUAUCCUCAGAGGUUAUGAAAUCUGUUGGAAACUAGGCAAUUGGGGUAUAUAUAUCGGUGGAAAGUCCAAGGUGGGAGAAAGAAUGCUUGUCUUUUUGAGGCAGGUGUGAAUGUUGCAGUUGGCCACUUUGAUUAGCAUUUAUUAGCCUUGCAGCUUCAAGGUCUGGCUGCUUCCUGCCUGGGGGAAUCCUGUGUUAGGAGGUGAUUAGCUGGCCCUAAUUGUUUCAUGUCUGGAAUUCCGCUGUUUUUGAGUGUUGUUCUUUAUCUACUGUCCUGAUUUUAGAGUUUUUAAUACUUGUAAUUUUUAAAUACUGGUAGCCUGAUUUCUGACAGCUACCAUGUCAGACUACACAGAGAAGCCAUUGACAUCCACAAGCAUAUGGGUAAUUUCAACGAAAAGGAAGAAACAUGAAAAUGAACAAAAUCUGGCUGUUAGUAUUUUAAAAACAGGACAUAAAUAAAGAACAACACUCAGAAAACAGAGCAAUUCCAGACAAAAAAUAAUCAGGGCCAGCUAAUACCUCCCAACAAAUGAAGCAGCCAGACCUUGGAGCUGAAAAGCUAUUCAAUGCUAAUCAAGGUGGCCAAUUGAAACAUUCACACCUGCCUCAAACAGAUAAGAAUUCUUUCUCCCACCCUGGACAUUCCAUAUAUAUAUAAACCCCACUUGACUAGUUUCUAACAGAUCUCACAACCUCUGAGGAUGCCUGCCAUAGAUGUGGGCAAAACAUCAGGAGCAAAUGCUUCUGGAACAUAGCCAUACAGUCCAGAAAACUCACAGCAGCCAGUGAUACAGCUGUUGCUGCAAGCCUAGCUCAGAAGAGGGCUUCUUACAAGGCUCUUUGAAAGCAGGAAAAAAGACACACACAUUAGAUUUGGGAAGAUGGAGCACACCGAAUCCAAGGAAUGAGCCGGUGUAGGCUAUCUGGAAGUGAGAGGUCUUUCUUCCUGGGAGGUCCGCUCAGACCAAGGGCUUCCCCUGCUUGCUUGCUUGCUUGCUUGCUUGCUUGCUUGCUUGCUUGCUUGCUUGCUUGCUUGCUUGCUUCCUUCCUUCCUUCCUUCCUUCCUUCCUUCCUUCCUUCCUUCCUUCCUUCCUUCCUUCCUUCCUUCCUUCCUUCCUUCGGCAUGACUGGGCACUUGCUAGGGCUACUUGUGUAUCUCGUGCUGGCUGCAGAGGAGCAAGACACACAAGCACACUUCCCUCCCUCCCUGCCUGGGGCACCUCAAUUGCACCCCUAGGGGAUUUGCCGCCACCCACAAUCACCUACUUCACUUAUAGCUUCAGCCGCCCCUGCAUUAAUCUAAAGAUCCACAUAUAUAAGAAAUCAGUGAUAAGGUGUAAAAAUGGCUUUUAGUGCAAAAUUUGCUAUCAUCUUGUUUAGUGGGGCUAUGGUAUCUGCGACUCUAUGAUGCACCAUGGAUACCAACAUUUCCAUUAUAUACAAUGGCAUAAUAAAAUAGUACUACAUAUAAAAUGUCAAAAUCAAGGCUUGCAUUUUUUAUUUUAUUUUUUUUAAAAACCAAGCCAUGAAUGAUUGAAUCUGUGGAUGCAGAAUUCAUGGAUAGUGUGAGUCAAUGCUAUACCAGUCAAAGAAGUUAAAGGAGAUAAUACUUAUUUUCUCCUCUUUUUCAGAUGGCCUUCAAGAGAAAAGUCGUCUUCUUUAUUUUUGCAUUGGGCCUUAUUUCUCUGAUUUUAUCAGUUCUGUGGGAUUCUAGCAGUCUCUGCCACCUAUAUCAAAAUGACAUGUCAGGUUUCAAGAGAGGCAGAGAUGACUUUUUGAAACUGCCUAAUAUAGAUUGCAGUAGGAAUGCACCAUUCCUAGUAAUACUGGUAACAUCACGACUUGGUCAAAUGGAAGCGUGGAUGGCUGUUCGUAAUACAUGGGGCAAGGAAAGAGUAAUAGCUGGUAAACGUAUUGUGACAUAUUUUCUCCUGGGAAAUAAUUCACGGCCCUAUGACCAGAUUGGUAUUAUUACCGAAAACAUACUAUACAAAGACAUCAUUCAAAAAGACUUUAUGGACACAUAUUAUAACUUAACUUUGAAGACUUUGAUGGGUCUUGAAUGGAUCCACAAAUUCUGUCCACAGUCUACCUUUGUGAUGAAAACUGACUGUGACAUGUUUGUUAAUACUUAUUACUUGACUGAACUUCUCCUGAAAAGAAAUAGUACCACCAAAUUGUUUACAGGUGCUAUCAAUAUGCAUGGAAAUCCAAUUAGAGAUGUAAACAGCAAAUGGUAUGUGAGUAAAGAGGAAUAUCCAGGAGAAAAUUACCCUCCAUUUUCUUCAGGAACUGGUUAUGUUCUCUCUAUUGAUGUUGCAAGAGCAGUAUAUGUUGUUUCAAAAAAAAUACCCUUCUUGAAACUGGAGGAUGUCUUUGUGGGUCUCUGCCUUGCUGAACUCAAAAUUCAGCCAGAGGAACUUGAUUCAGGACCAACGUUUUUUGCCAGCAGUAUUCCAUUUUCUCCUUGUCAUUACAAGAAAAUCAUCACAAGCCAUUACCACACUCCUGCUCAGAUCAUAUUGUAUUGGGAUGCAAUGGAGAGGACAAUUGAUGAAGGAUGCCCAAGUGAUCAAGGAAGUUCACCAAUUUAAGGAGAUGUGGAAUAUAAUCUAACUGUGUAAAGUUCCCAGACAGCUAAAAUUUUAGGACAUAUAAGAACUAAACUGGGUAUUUUUAAAGUAAAAAAUAAUAUGAAAUAAUUAUCUUUUUAAAAAGGUGUUGAAAUGAAGUAUACAGUCCAAUCAAAGUCAUAUCUGUGUUAUUCCAGAAGAUCAGUAUGGAAGGGGAUCCUGCAGCCCCUUGAGACUGAUGACCUCAUCACAUUGACUUCUCUCUCCAUCCUAGGAUGCUUCCAGGAUGGAGCUGGUACAGAUCCCUUCACACAAUGCAGGGCUACUUCUGGAGGGGCUGUGUCCUAAGAGCACAGAGAACAUGGGGGGGGGGGGGCUUCCUGCGUUCUCAUUACUUAGAAGAGGGCCAGCACGGGGGAAGCCGGACAAUGUUGCUUUCCCCCAUGUGAUGGAGAAAAAGGUGAUAUGGACAAUGCCGGGCAUGGCAUGAUGGUUUCCCCCACUGCCACACAGAUUUUCCAAGGUGCCCAGCAAAUUCUCCCACUGCCUCCCAUGUUAGGGACCUCAAUGUGAUGAACUUCUGAGAGAAUAAACUUCCUAGCAUAAUGUUUUGUAUGCAUAGACUGAAUUUAUUUCUUCAAAUACAUGGAGAGAAGAGCCUAGGAACAGACCUUUACAGCAGUACUUCUCAAACUGUGCUCCUUCAAGUGUUUUGUACUUCAUCAUGCAGAAAUCCAAGUCAGCUUACCAGCUGUUAGGAAUUGUGGGAGUUGAAGUUCAAAAUAUCUGGAGAAGCACAGAUUGAGAAAAGCUACUCUACAGCUAAACCAUAUAUGUGAACAGCCAUAGAAAUGCAAAACUGGAGGGUACGAUGAUGUGACAAAUUCAGUAUUAACAAUGGUAUUUCAAGAACAAACAAUGCUUGUUUGAGCAAAACUUGCUUUGUUUAUAAAAGUGGAGCAAAGAAGCCAUAUAAAAGAUGAUCUAAUAGUUCAAAAAGGUCUUCAUUUUGAUGCUACAAAUGACACUAUUCACUUAGGUUGCUUGCAGUCACUCGAGCCUUGCUUUGCAAGCACAACUCAGCAUCAGUUACUGUCAUUUCAAUGACUUUUUGGACGGGAGUGGGGAGCACAGAAAGCUGAAAUGACUAGGUAUGCAAUUUUUUUUAUAGAAUCACAGAAUAAUAGAAUCAUAGAGUUGGAAAAGACUUCACAGGCCAACCAGUCCAACCCCCUGCCAAGAAGCAGGGAAAUCACAUUCAAAGCACCCCCAACAGAUGGCCAUCCAGCCUCUGCUUAAAAACCUCCAAAUAAGGAGCCUCCACCACACUGCUGGGCAGAGAGUUCCACUGCCAAACAACUCUCACAGGAAGUUCUUCCUAAUGUUCAGGUGGAAUCUCCUUCCCUGUAAUUCGAAGCCGUUGUUCUGCGUCCUAGUCUCCAGGGCAGCAGAAAACAAGCUUGCUCCCUCCUCCCUAUGACUUCCCCUCACAUAUUUAUACAUGGCUAUCAUGUCUCCUCUCAGCCUUCUCUUCUGCAGGCUAAACAUGUUUUUAUUUUUCCUGGAAGACCUCUGCAUGAGAUUUUUUAAUGUGUGGAGGUCAGUGCACAGCUGAUCAACACACAGUCUUCAGAGAGUGAGGGUCCCAACCAGUGGCAUGGUUAACACGACAACAGUGGCUUCUCAUUCUUUUACAGCCUUCUUCUGUCUUCACAUCCAUUGUAACAUGUACCAUGUUAUCUUCCGCCUGCUCUGCCGUUGAGGUCUUUGGACCUUCAGAUUCUUCUUGGUCUGGAUCCUCCCCUGCAGCUCCUCCUGGGAAUACAUGACUUAUGUGGUUAUUCCCGCAGGUUCAUUGGAACACACAAACCCCCUGAUUACAACAAGGUGACAAUCCAUCGAGGGAGAGGUAUACUUCUUUGAUUGGCUAGCUAAGAGAUAUAAGGUAUUAUGCAAGUGCUGUGCUUCCUACCACUUCCUGUUGCAGCUUAAAUAUGUUGCUGUUGUUGGCUUUAACCUUGAGAGUGAAACAGUUCACACACAAUACUGUAUUGAAAUCUACAGAAAACGCUUAGAUGUAAGGUAACAGCUACAACUGAAUCUUUUCUUCACUUCUGUAUAAAGUCCAGUAACUUAAGUGAUAUGAGAGCAAUAUUAGGAAAUUAUAGACGUUUCUUCUACUUCUGUGACUGUGUAGUCUUCUCGCCACCAUGGUCCUACAGCUUUACACAUUAAAUAAUGAUUUUGGCACAAAGACCGCCCAAUAUAUGGUUCCAGCCUUUAUGAUCCCCAGGAAGGGAACAUCCCAGUCAGGCUUACAAGGUGUUGAAGGUGAAAAUAAGGGACACAAUAAUAGUAACUCCAAAAUUGCAAUCAUAGAGUAAAAUGAUAUUAAAAUGGUACUUUAAAAAGUGUUUUAGCUAUGAGGCCACAUAUAUUUUGAUAAACAAUGAAAUUCAAAUACAGGUGGGACAACUGACAUUCUGGGAAAGAAUGUUAUAGGAUGCGGGGCAUUUUAGUCAAAUACGGGACUUAGUCAAAUACGGGUAUGCAAAUAGCCAGGCCUGGUUUAUGGCCUGAUGGUUUGACUGCAACUUGUAUUUUGGAAUAAAGUCUCCAUAACUGUGAGGAAUUAAGAUUGGGGGAAAAGCACUCCCCUUCCCUUCUCCAAAGUUCUGAUAUGUUACUGUUCAACCAGCUGGUUCUAGUUUCUAGUAUUAGUACUUAAGUAAAAUAAUCUAUUUCAAAAAUUAAAAAAAAACAAAUAAAUAAAAAAGUGUGAUAUACCUUCUCCAUGAAAAAAAGCAUAGGAUGGCCAGCUUUGAAAUCAUUGUAAAAUGCUUUUAUAAUAUUAUAUAUUUCAGAAAAGAUUGGAUCCCGUAACUUAGAUACUUUUCUAUAAAACUACAAGCAAAGAGGGGAAAGAGUGGGUUCUAUGUGUGACUGCCACACCCGAGUCCAAUGGCAAGGUCUAGGUAAGCAGGGGUGGGAACUGUGUGGUUUGCCCUUUGAAGAGUGAAGGGUAGAUCUUGGAACACACAGUGAUACCCCACAGCCCCUAGCAUCAUUGGCAAAAAACAAAUGUUGUUAAUCUGAAAACCAUUCUCUUCCUCUUCAAAACAUGCCCAGUUAUGUUUAAAAGGUUUUGUCCAAAUAGCUUCAACAACCAGAACUGCCUAUUCCCAAAUUCCUAAACGCAACUGGGAAUGGCAACACAUCAUGGUGGAUGAACAUCAAGGUGCAGACCUCCAGAUGUGGCUGAAAUAGGGUGAUCUUCUAGGGUUCUCAUGUUUUUUCCUGAUAUAUAAUCUGGUUAAAGAAAGUGCAUCAAUAUGCAAUAGGCAUGGCAACACAAAGGUAGAAGAAAAAACUUCCUUGAAUAACUCCAGACAGGUUCUGCUUGAGGCACCUCUCUUCCACAAGGAAAAUGGUCUAAUUUCGUUUCUCAAUAGGGAGCUAAAACCAACUGAAAUAUUUUAUAGAUUGACAAAAGAAGUUGCAGACUAGCAAAUUCCAGUUAUGGUCAAGAAGCAGACUAUCCUGCUAAAAGGUCUUCAACUGAUUUUACAGGCCGAGAUUUUUUGUUAGACUGUGUUAGACAGUGUUGGGGACUAAUAAUCUGAAACAGGGCUAUGUUCUCUGAUUACAAAGACAGUAAAUAAAACCUAUUUUGUAUGAUUUGUUCGUUGUUACAGUUACAUAUGCAUUCCUGCUCUGCCCUCCUUCAUCUAAAUGAUAAAUAGCACCAAUCCUUCUCUGAGUAACCUACCAUAGCUACACUCACAAACUCUUUGAUAAUAGCUAAUUGCUGAAUUUCAACCAUUGCACUUUAGAACUUUCCGUCUUUGGCCAGCCAUCUCCACUAUUUCACUUAUUGUAAACCAUUAAAUGCACAUAUUUAUAAAUCAGCAGCAGCAUGUUUAAGACAAGACUUUAGCAUAAUAUACACAAUAUAAAAUUCAUCACAUAUACAGGACAUUUAAUCUCAUCAUGAAAAAUCUUGUUACCAUGACUGAUCACCUUCUUUUUGAUUUCUAUAACAGAAAAAUGAUUUAGGUAAUUGGCUUUAUUAUUCUUGAAUGCCCUGGGCAAUAUACUAGUACAACACCAAGUAGAAUUUCAGUGCUGAUGGAGAACCAUUCCCAAGUAUGAAAAGGAACUCCAAAUGUUUUGGACUUCUAAUCCCAGAAGACCUCAACUGAACUCAGAAAUUAAUGGAAACCUACCAAUUGAAAGGAUAAAACACUAAGGUGCCUGUCACAUGACAAUGUUAUACGCAAUGAGUUAAUAUUGACUUUGCUCCAGCUUUAUUUCACCAUGUUAUAGCUCUCCCAGUAUAGUUGUGCCUUAGAAUCAUUGGGAAUACAAUCUGUUGCAUGCUGGAAACAAUUUGCUUCCUGCUGUGGCUCAGAAACCAAUAUGAUGGUAGGUGUCUCUUUCUACAUUAUUGUGAGAUUAUUUGAAUAGUGGGCAUGUUUUGGUGUAGUCUGGUUGCUCUUCCCUUAGAACUUUCAAGGGGAAACUGGCCGAGAAAUCUUAGACUACUUCUGGUGUUUUUACAGAAAAGCCUUUCUUGUAGAAGGUAUGGCAUGUUUUGUGUGUUCUGGAAGUGCUUUUUAGAUUUCUUUUAAUUUUUUAUAUAGUUGGCAUGCUGUUAUGGUGCAAUGAAGAUGGUGUUCAGACACCUUUAUUGCAUGAGUGUGCUUUUCAAUGCUCUCCUUUGCUUUCCAAUGAUACUUCUCACUACAGUCUUACCACAUUUUGUUACCUCCCAAGUUUGUGUGUGUGUGUGUGUGUAUGGCAGUAGUAUAAUAGUGCUGUGACAUUAUGGUGUAAUAGCAUUAUUAUAACUUAAUUUAAAAUAAAACAAAGAGAAACCAGUAAUGAUGCAGGAGAUGUACAAACAUGAAAGUGCAAAUGACAUUGUCAAUUCUGAGGAAUUAGCAAGUUAGUUGUUAAGUCCUGAAAGUGCAAAUGUGGUGAUGGGUGCAGUUCAGCUAUCUUCAGAAGUAUAGGUGAAGCGCUUUUCAGAUCAAACAACUGAGUAGUGUGAUAAACAUAUGAGGUAAUACAAUCACAAUGUUUGUUUAUUUAUUUAUUUAUUUCUAUCAUUUCUACCCCACCCUUCUCACCCGAGGGGACUCAGGGCAGCUUACAAAAAUGGCAAUUAAUGCCAAUACACCAAUAUACAAUAAAAUAAUAUUAAAACAGUUAAAACAUUUAAAUAGUAUCACAAUAUACAAUAAACAAAAUUAAAAUAGUGCAAAAUGUUCAGUUUCAGUUAACACCCUUGCUGAGAUAUUCUGCAAUAACUGAAUUUUUCAGCUCAUAGCUCAGUUGGAAAAAUUCAUCUCAUAAUGUGUGGAUUAUUCAUAUUCAGUGGGAGUGCUGCUAAAUAAAGACUGUUGGUUAGAUAGAUCCAGAAUUGAUCUUAUAGAUGUUUUAAAAAGUUCAGGAAGUUUAUAGGAAGAUCAAUCAACACCCACUUUGGGUGGGCGGGAGGGGGGGAGAAUGGCGUUUGAUUGCUAGACUGGACAGUCAGGAUUUGAACGAGUAUAUCCAUUCUCUUGAAAUUAUCCAAAAUCUGAAAUCACCAAAAUGCUGUUGUAUGUAAAAGGAAGGAAUGUGCUAAGGGCACACUGGAGGAAAUAAAACAUACUCUCAUAAACUGUUUUCUGGAUGACAGCAUACAUAGUCAAACAAAAAUUAAGGUUUAAUGACUCCUUUGUACAGGGUUAAAUAAAAAGGAACAAACAUAUAGGCAUAAUUGCCACAAGUCAUUCAUUUGAAGAUAUAUGUAUGUAAUGUAAGUAUCAUGAGACUACUUUGAAAAAGCAGCUGUUCACAUGUGCAGGAUACUAGCUCAACUAUCAAUCUAUAUUCUUAUACCAUAGACCACAUAUCUAUCUGAGUGGGGUUUUUU